CGGCGGCGGGGCCGGGCGGUGCGUCCCUCCAGCCGCGGCUGCCAGCGCCGCCGGCACCAUGGGCUGCUGCUGCCGCCUCCUCUUCCUCGGCCUCCUCCUCCUCCCGGCAGGGCUGGGCGAUGGCUCCCCAGAGCCGCCCCUCACCCUCAUCCGCCCCCCCUUCCUCUGGGGGGGCGUCCCGGUGAAGCCAGACUCCAGGGAUGUCCCCACGGCUGCAGCCCAGCCCUCCCUGCCGUCCCCCACGGCACCUUCGGGAGACGGGACGGACUCCGGGCCCCUGCAGGGGGAUGGCCAGGGCGGCACCAGCGCAGCGCCAGCGCUGUCCCCUGCCCCCGUGUCCGCCGCCGUGAGCCCCGCGGGUCCCUCUGCCGCCGCGGAGACAGCCCCGGCUCCCCGGACAGCCAGCCCCGCCAGCCCGGAAAGCGGCACGCUGGAUGUGGGGGCAGCCCCCGGCCCCACGGGCACAGCGGCGCCGUCGCCCCCCGCGUCCCUGCCCGGCAGCGACCCCCGCUCGCCUCCCGGGACGGGCUCGUCCCUCGGCAGCCCCGCCGCCACCCAGCCGCCGCCGGCCGAGGAUGUCCCUUCCCUGGGGACGCUGGCCAUGGCAUCGAGCCUGGCCAUGGAGCCAACGCCCCCGCCAGUGACUGUGAUGAGCCCCACGGCAGCCGAGGCCGCAGCCUCGGAGAAAACUGGAGUCUCCAUGGAGCAGGUCCCGCGGGCCCUGAGCCCAGGGAGCAUUGUGGCCAUAACCGUGACGGUCAUCGUGGUGGUGGUGCUGGUGUUCGGGGCAGCUGCCUACCUCAAGAUCAGGCACUCCUCCUAUGGAAGGCUUUUGGAUGACCACGACUACGGCUCCUGGGGCAACUACAACAACCCUCUCUAUGAUGAUUCCUAGCAGGGAUGAAGACAAAAAACCCCAUAAACCCUUAAUUUAUAAGCGCUUCUGCAGCAGAGCAUCCGCUGUCGAGGAGAUGCCGGGCACGGAGCCCCUGCCUCAGGCAGGAUUACCAUGGCUCUGGUGGAUGACAGGAACUGGAGGGCGGGUGUGCAGUGCUGACAAUAAACCUGAAUUUUGGCCUUUGAGCAGGAAACCAGGUCCUGGGGCAGGUCAGCCACUUGUUGUAGACAAGGGAACUCAAAUUCCCCAGUGGGAAGGGCUGGGGAGGUCAAGGGAGAGGAUGGAGGUUCAGCCGUGCUGUGGCAUCCUUUGAAAUGCUGCUGCUCUGUGACUUGGGGGGGAGUGGGGGGCUGCUGAGCCACAGCCAGCAGUGUGCCAGGGUCUCCUGCGCUUUCACAUGUCCCUUUCCCUAAAAUCACUUCCCUGUGUCACCCUGCUAUGAAUCCUUCGCCUUGUCUCACCAGGAACCAUGAACAGUUAUGGAGCUGCUCAGUCACUGCUCCCUUUCUUUUCCUGCAGGUGCUUCCAUGCAGAAGGUCCUAAUUUAUUUUUUUCCAUUUAACUGUGGGGGUUUUGGUCCCUAAAAGCAGCCCAGGAGCCCAUGGGAAGAUGCACUGACCAUCCAUUUCACACAUGUGGCUGCUUGCUCCACAGCUUUGUUUCCAUUCCUUGAAAAACUUGGCUGCUAAAAUACAGCAGAGUGUUCUUUUAAUCCCCAACUUGUGUUCAGCUUUCAGUGUGGGAAGGCUGGGGGUGGCUGAUGGCAGAGCUGGUUUGGGAAGGGGAUGCUCAGCCUCUUCUCCCUCUGGCUAAAUUCCCUGGCAGUGGAAAGCAAAGCCCCGAGUCCGUGUGACCUUAACAAAUAAACCAGCGCUAAAUGGCA